GAUAUAAAGAGAGAGAGAGAGAGAGAGAGAGAGAGAGAGAGGAGAGGAGAGGAUGGUGGCCAAGACUCCAACCAAGGAGAAGAGAAUGGCAGCAGCUCUGAAUCCAACUCUAAUCAGAGAAACUGUUAAGAAGGUGGAUCAAUGCAUGGCUCGUUUACAGGAACUCCAGUAUACAGUGAAUGGGAGAACAAAAGUGGUUGCAGGAGUGAAGCUCAGUCCUCGUAGCACCAGAGGUUAUCUCAAAACCAGCCUGAGAUGCAAACAAGAAUCUAUAAGGAUGAAGAAUGCAGCAGCUGCAAAAUCCCCAGGGAAGUUUCAAGAAAGCACAAAUGGGGAAUGGCGAAGAAUGUCAUUGCCGGCAAUGUUGUUAGGAGAAACAGUGGUUGAAAUUCUCCAAGCUAGUAAAUUUGCCAAAGAAAUAGUAACCAAAACAAGAACAAUAAAUGAUCCAAAGACUCCUGGUUCUUGUUCAGUGCGUAGAAACAAAACCAAAGCAAGAAUACAUUGUGAGAGCACUGAGCUUCGAACUAAACGGACACAAGAGAAACAACAGUUGAGAAGAUCUCGGCGUUUUGAGUCAAACUCUACUGUGAUUCCUAGAGCUCGAUCACGUAUUACCUUCAAAGCAAGUUCACCAUCUCCAAGCAAAGCGAGUGUCUUGAUGAGAAGGCAUUCAGUGACGGCACAGCGAGUGUCACCAAAGAACAGGCCUUGGGCUAAGAAGACAGUGCUCUUUCCGAAUCCACUCUUCUUGGAUUCAACACAGCAGAAGCAGGAACAGUUUUACAAGACCAGGUCUCCCAUAAUCUCAAGAUUAAGGCAACAGACACCAAGAAAGUUUCUUGUUAAGUCACCAACAACGUCCUUGAAAUCACAAUUCAAGAACAAGAAGGCUGUUCCUGUGGUAACUAGUAAUCAGUUAUCUUCUUCUUCUCCUAUUAGAACAAUGGCAUUGGCGAAGGCACAGAGAUGUUCCUUCUCACCCUCAAAAUUGGCCAGCAGAUUCAUUUCUCCAUUGAAGAUGAGGAAGAGUAUGAAUAUGUAGAGUUUUGUAAGCUCAUUGGGCUGAUGAGACUGAAGUUGAAUAAUGCAGAAAAUAAGGCAAAUUAAGGAAAGCUUUGAUGUCUAUACUUUGUGUUAAUUAUUGUCUUUUUUGUUUUUUAAUCUUGUUCCUGAAUUGUGUUCUAAUCUGCAUUGUAAUCUCUCCACAUGGAAAUAUAUGA